UGAAGACCUCUGAGCUAUAGGUUGCAUUCUGAAGGUUGAAUCUUCCACUAAAGAUCUGGAGAACCUCUUUUUUGGUUUCCUUCAAAUUUACCCCGGACCCACAAUUGAACAAAUCCCUCCCAGCUCCGCCCCAUUAGCAUCACUUCCUUUUUUUCACGGGAGGGCUGACUUGCCUUGAUCAGGCUCCGAGGCGAAGCUGACCGGCUCACUCAACCCGGGAGAGCUGCCACUAUGAGAGCACGUCUCGCAUCGAUGUCCCCUCUCCUUUUUUCUUCCUUCUGCCACUGGUUCGUCGCGGCUGCAGCUGAAAAACCGCUUGGAAAAGGUUUUGGAGAUCACAUUCACUGGAGAACACUAGAAGAUGGGAAAAAGGAGGCUUCAGCCAGUGGACUGCCUCUCAUGAUAAUAAUUCAUAAAUCCUGGUGUGGUGCUUGCAAAGCUUUAAAACCAAAGUUUGCUGAAUCAAAGGAAAUCUCUGAGCUUGCCCAUAAUUUUGUGAUGGUUAACCUCGAGGAUGAAGAAGAACCUAAGGAUGAAGCUUUUAGCCCUGAUGGAGGUUACAUUCCUAGAAUUAUUUUCAUGGAUCCCAGUGGAAAGAUCCAUCCAGAGAUCAUAAAUGAGAAAGGAAACCCCAACUACAAGUAUUUUUAUACUAGUGCUGAUCAAGUCAUCCAAGGGAUGAAGGUAGCCCAAGAGAAGUUAACGGGGGAUGCUUUCAAGAAAAAACAUUUUGGAGAUGAAUUAUAAUACCCUGAAGAUCUAUUUUGUAUAGGCUCACCAUCUAAAUUUAAACGUUACUCUAACUUUUUUUCAUAUAAAAAUGUUGGUGCUCUCAAAAAAAAAUACUGUAGAUAGUAAAUCAAAUGCUGUCUAAUUUUCACACACUGAAUUCAAAUAAAGUAGUACGUCCUUCUUUGUUUACAUUGAAAUGGAUAUUUAUAGAAGAAAAAAAUGGCUAAAUACCUUAAAUAAAUGCUUCAACUUUAACUGCAUGAGUAAUCAGGUUUAAAUGGAAUUUAAAGCCAAAUUAUAGGAACAUAUAUAUGAUUAUGUUGAGGGCAUUAAUUACAAAGAUCUUUUUAAAAAUAUCUUACAAAUAAAACUUGUUCAUUUUAGCAGAUUUUGAGAAAAUAUGUGGAAUUUUUUCCUUUAACAUGAAUUUAAUUCAGUAUUUCUCAUCCUGGUAGUGCUAAACAUAUUUAGGAUACAAUUCCCACAAUUCAUGUUGGCUGAAAUUAUGGGAGUUAUGCUCAUAUGUAAAUCACCAAAUUGAGUAAGAUUAAAUUAGAACCAUAUCUAUAAGUCUCAAGAAGUUAAAUUGAUUAAAUAAAUAAAUCUGCUGUAGAGACUAUCGUAACAAUGCAAUCCUAUGCAUGUCUGCUCAGAAGUAAGAGUAUUAAGUAUUCCUAAGUACUAAUUAGUAUUAGUACAAGAGUAUUCCAUAGGAUUUAUUCCCAAAUACAUUAGGAUUGUGGUAUGUAUAGCCUCAUUUUCCUGCUUGCUCCAGGAAUAGAAUGAAACAAAUGCUAAUUAUAUGAUUAUGUGUACUUUUUCCUGAUAUAAUUGCCUGUUACUCCAUUUGGUUGAUUUAUAUAAACUUCGCUUUUAUGUAUUUGUGCAUUCAUCUUCCAAGUUUUUCAUUAAUGGAACAAAAAAGAAAAUCUCUCACUGAAUGUUAUGGUGGUUGCCUUAUUUCAGCAUGCUAUACUGUAUUUUUGUACCGGUGGACAAUGAACAAUAAAUUUUUCUAUUAAA